UUGACUGAAGGUUAUGUUGGCUCUCUGCAUGAAAACAGACAUGGUAGUUCUGUGCAGAUACGGAGGCGGAAGGCUUCGGGGGAUCCUUACUGGGCGUACUCGGGUACCUAUGGUCCCGAGCACUGGGUUACUUCCAGCGAGAAGUGCGGAGGGUCUCACCAGUCUCCCAUAGACAUCAUAGACCAUCAGGCGCAUGUUGGAGAUGAGUAUCAAGAACUGCAGCUUGAUGGUUUUGACAAUGAAUCUUCGAACAAGACUUGGAUGAAAAACACAGGAAAAACGGUUGUGAUCUUGAUGAGAAGAAAUUAUUUUGUACAGGGUGCCGGGUUGCCGGGCAGAUUCAAGGCAGAGAAAGUGGAGUUUCACUGGGGUCAAAGCAACGGAUCAGCUGGCUCUGAGCACAGCAUCAAUGGCAAGAGGUUCCCCGUUGAGAUGCAAAUUUACUUCUACAAUCCUGAUGACUUUGACAGUUUUGGAACAGCAGUUCUAGAAAACAGGGUAGUAGGAGCCAUGGCCGUGUUUUUUCAAGUCAGUCAGAGGGACAAUCCAGCACUGGAUCCCAUUAUCCAUGGGUUGAAGGGCGUCGUACAUCACGAGAAGGAGACCUUUCUGGAUCCCUUUGUGCUGAGGGACCUUCUGCCGACAUCGCUGGGGAGUUACUACCGCUACGCGGGUUCUCUGACUACUCCUCCGUGUAGCGAGAUCGUGGAGUGGAUCAUUUUUCGGAAGCCUGUUCCCAUUUCUUACCAUCAGCUGGAGGCGUUCUACUCCAUAUUCACCACUGAGCAGCAAGACCACGUCAAGUCCGUGGAGUACCUGAGGAAUAACUUCCGACCACAGCAAAGCCUGAACAACAGGAAGGUGUCUAAGUCUGCUGUGAAGGAUGCUUGGAGCCAAGAUAUGACAGACAUCUUGGAAAAUCCACUCGGCACAGAAGCUUCCAAAGCAUGCAGCACUCCCCCGGUCAACAUGAAAGUGCAGCCUGUGAACAGGACAGCAUUGCUUGUAACCUGGAACCAGCCAGAAACCAUCUACCACCCUCCGAUCAUAAACUACAUGAUCUCCUAUAGCUGGACUAAAAAUGAAGAUGAAAAAGAGAAGACUUUCACCAAGGACAGUGACAAGGACCUGAAGGCCAUCAUUAGCCAUGUCUCACCUGACAUCCUUUAUCUGUUCAGAGUUCAAGCAGUUUGCCGAAAUGAAAUGCGUAGUGACUUUAGCCAGACUAUGCUCUUUCAAGCUAACACUACUCGAAUUUUCGAGGGGACCAGAAUUGUGAAAACAGGAGUGCCCACAGCAUCUCCUGCCUCCUCAGCUGACAUGGCUCCCAUCAGCUCCGGCUCCUCCACCUGGACCUCCUCGGGGCUCCCCUUCUCCUUUGUGUCCAUGGCCACAGGGAUGGGGCCUUCCUCCAGCGGCAGCCAGGCCACCGUGGCCUCAGUGGUGACGAGCACCUUGCUGGCAGGGCUGGGCUUCAGCGGUGGUGGCAUUUCCUCCUUCCCCAGCAGCGUGUGGCCCACCCGGCUCCCUGCGGCGGCCGCCCCCAGCAAGCAGGCGGGACGGCCGGUGGUGGCCACCACCGAGGCCGCUGCUGCCGCCUCCCCGGGGCCAGAGCGGGACUCGGCGCUGACGAAGGACGGCGAGGGAGCCGAGGAGGGGGAGAAGGAUGAAAAGAGUGAAAGUGAGGAUGGGGAGCGGGAGCACGAGGAAGAGGAAGAAAAGGAUGCUGAGAAGAAGGAGAAAAACAGGGUGACAGCGGCCACAGAGGCGCGCAAUAGCACAGAGUCCAAUGUGGCCACGGCUUCCCCCAACCGGACUGCCGAGGAGGAAGGAAAUAAAACCAUACCGGGGGAAGAUCCAAACCAAAACAUUGCCCCCACGGCUGGAGGUCCUGAGGAGGAGAGCUUUGCCGAAGCAGACACUCAGCCCCAGCCGCUCCCUUCCACCCAAGUGCCGCCAGCGUUCACCAACGAACUUUACCUGGGGAAGAUCCCAAGAAGACCAGAGACAACAAGAAAGCCUCCUCCAAAGGAGGACAGAUUUCCAGAGGAAUACCCCUCAGAUAACAAAUUCAUCACCAUUAACCCAGCCGACAAGAACAGCUCCAGCAUGGCCACGAGACCUUCUCCUGGUAAAAUGGAAUGGAUCAUCCCGCUUAUUGUGGUCUCAGCAUUGACCUUUGUGUGCCUCAUUCUUCUCAUUGCUGUGCUUGUCUACUGGAGAAAGUGUUUUCAGACUGCCCAUUUCUAUGUGGAGGACAGCAGUUCCCCCCGCGUGGUCCCCAAUGAAAGUAUUCCCAUUAUACCUAUUCCAGAUGAUAUGGAAGCAAUUCCAGUCAAGCAGUUUGUUAAACACAUCAGUGAGCUGUAUUCUAAUAACCAGCAUGGAUUCUCGGAAGACUUUGAGGAAGUGCAGCGCUGUACGGCCGACAUGAACAUCACUGCAGAGCAUUCCAACCACCCCGACAACAAGCACAAGAACAGAUACAUCAACAUCCUCGCCUAUGAUCACAGCAGGGUGAAGCUAAGGCCUUUACCAGGAAAAGAUUCUAAGCACAGUGACUACAUUAAUGCGAAUUAUGUUGAUGGUUACAACAAAGCAAAAGCCUACAUUGCUACCCAGGGACCUUUAAAGUCUACCUUUGAAGAUUUCUGGAGGAUGAUUUGGGAACAAAAUACUGGAAUCAUUGUCAUGAUCACAAACCUUGUUGAAAAAGGAAGAAGAAAAUGCGAUCAGUACUGGCCGUCGGAGAACAGCGAGGAGUAUGGCAACAUAAUCGUCACGCUGAAGAGCACAAACGUUCACGCCUGCUACACUGCGCCGCUUCACAGUCAGGAACACAAAGAUGAAAAAGGUGAGUAAAGAAACCCCAAAGGGCGGCAGAACGAGAGAACGGUUAUUCAGUAUCACUACACUCAGUGGCCCGACAUGGGUGUGCCGGAGUACGCUCUGCCCGUGCUAACCUUCGUUAGGAGAUCCUCCGCAGCCAGAACCCCGGACAUGGGACCAGUGGUGGUGCACUGCAGUGCUGGUGUUGGCAGAACUGGUACCUACAUUGUGAUAGACAGUAUGCUGCAACAGAUAAAAGACAAAAGCACAGUUAAUGUCCUGGGUUUCCUGAAACAUAUCAGGACACAGCGCAACUACCUCGUCCAGACAGAGGAGCAGUACAUUUUUAUUCAUGAUGCCUUGUUGGAAGCCAUCCUUGGGAAGGAGACUGAAGUAUCUGCAAACCAGCUGCAUAGUUAUGUUAACAGCAUCCUCAUACCUGGCAUAGGAGGAAAGACACGACUAGAAAAACAGUUCAAGCUGGUUACACAGUGUAAUGCAAAAUACGUGGAAUGCUUCAGUGCUCAGAAAGACUGCAACAAAGAGAAGAACAGGAACUCAUCAGUCGUGCCGUCUGAGCGUGCUAGAGUGGGCUUGGCACCGCUGCCUGGAAUGAAGGGAACAGAUUACAUUAAUGCCUCUUAUAUCAUGGGCUACUACAGGAGUAACGAGUUCAUCAUAACCCAACAUCCGCUGCCACAUACGACUAAAGAUUUCUGGCGAAUGAUCUGGGAUCACAACGCACAGAUCAUCGUCAUGCUGCCGGACAACCAGAGCCUGGCAGAAGAUGAGUUUGUGUACUGGCCAAGUCGUGAGGAAUCCAUGAACUGUGAGGCCUUUACUGUGACCCUUAUCAGCAAAGACAGACUGUGCCUCUCUAACGAAGAGCAAAUUAUCAUCCAUGACUUUAUCCUUGAAGCUACCCAGGAUGACUACGUUCUGGAAGUCCGCCACUUUCAGUGUCCUAAAUGGCCAAACCCAGACGCUCCCAUAAGCAGUACCUUUGAACUGAUCAACGUAAUCAAGGAAGAGGCCUUAACAAGGGAUGGCCCCACCAUAGUUCAUGAUGAGUACGGAGCUGUGUCAGCAGGAACGCUAUGUGCCCUUACCACUCUGUCCCAGCAGCUGGAGAAUGAAAAUGCUGUCGAUGUUUUCCAGGUGGCAAAGAUGAUAAAUCUUAUGCGGCCUGGAGUAUUUACAGACAUUGAACAGUACCAGUUUCUUUAUAAGGCAAUGCUAAGCUUGGUCAGCACUAAGGAAAAUGGAAACGGUCCCAUGACACUGGACAAAAAUGGUGCUGUGAUGGCCAGUGAUGAAUCUGAUCCCGCAGAAAGCAUGGAGUCUCUUGUCUAAUUGGAAACCUGAAAAGGCACUUAAUUUGUAGAACUUCUGAAGACUGAGUGAACUUUUUUGAGGCCUUUUUUGCCAGACUCUAGGUUAUACAAUAACCCAAUUACUUUUUUACACUGAUAAAAGUUUUGAUAUUUAUUUUUUGCCAUUUUAUGUCUUAAUGGUAUCCUACUGAGCAUUUGCACCUCUGUUUAUUUCACACAGUGAAACGCAAUUUUAUCUAGUUUGCACUAUAUGAUCAGUGUUACUGCCUAUAAUACUCUAAUACAAGACAAGCCCUGAUGUGACAUUCCAUGACAACACACGUACGCUUUUUCUGUUUUGUUUAAAUGCAGUGAAGUUUUGCUAACUACAGUGACCCUCGAAUCUUAAAUCUUGAAUGCUAGGCCAGAUGGAUUCUUUCUACAACAGAUACUGUACCCCUUCAUACCAUAUUUAUUAUUUUAAUGAUCAUGUCACAGUUUUGGUAACGGUAUUCUGCAUUCCAGUGGAGUGGAUGAGCAGCGUUCAUCCUUUCUUGACAAAACGUGGCAGGUGAUUAUUAGCUACAGUGAAGGUGUAACAGCCUUGUGGAGCUGAAACCAUUUUUUCUGUAUUGUUUCAAAUUGCUGUUUUGUACACUUACAGGCCUAAGACUUGCUUCACAUGGAAUACAUAAAUUACAUACAAUAUAAUUAUAAAUCAGAUGCAAUUCAUAUGCGGGGAGCAGCGAUAGGUUUCCAAUUUGCAAUUUCAAAGUUUCCCCAUGUAUUCAGAAAAACGUCAAUUUUAGUUUAUAACCAGCCCUAUGAUGGGAAAGUAUUUUGGUUUUAUUCUCAUCAGAGCCAAUACAGUGAGAAAUCUACUACAACCCAAAAUCAGACCUGUUUGCAGAUAUAUUGAAGGUAGCAAUAUUUUACAUUACUAAGCUAUUCAAUAUUUUAAACACAUUAAUUUCCUUACUAUUUCUUGAAUAUGACCUCACACCUAAUGGUAUGUUACAUGAUGACAGGCGUUUCUUAAUUUCAUAACUGUUAGAUGCCAUUUUUACAGGUGUGUAAUUUUCAUACUUUAGUGCUAAAACAUAAAGUACUGAUCCAUAUUUACUGGUGAAGCAAACUAAUAAAAAAACUACCUAUA